AUAUGGGUGGUUUAAUGAGUGAUGGAUCUUCCUUUCAUCUUCGUUGUUGUGCACACAUUUUAAAUCUGGUGGUUCGUGAUGGUUUAAAACAGAAUGAUUUAUCCAUUUCUGCCAUUAGAAAUGCUAUUAGAUUUGUUAGGUCAUCACCCCAAAGAUCUACAAAGUUCAAAGAAUGUAUUGAGUUUGCUAGAAUUAAUUGCAAGAAACUUCUCUGUCUAGAUGUUCCGACAAGGUGGAACUCAUGUUAUUUGAUGCUAGAUGCUGUUGAAAAGUAUCAAGCAGCAUUUGAGAAAAUGGAAGGUGAAGAUUUUAGCUAUUUGGAAUUUUUUGGAUUAGUUGGCCCACCUACUCUUAAUGAUUGGGAGAAUGUUAGGUGUCUAGUAAGUUUUUUCAAAAUUUUCUAUGAUGCUACUAUGGAAUUUUCUUCGUCAAAACAAGUAUCCCUUCAUAAGUCAUUCCACCAACUAGCUUCAAUACAUUGUGAGCUUAAAAGAUCAUCCAUGAACUUGAACACAAUUUUAGCCUCAAUGGGAUAUGAAAUGAAGAAGAAGUAUGACAAAUAUUGGGGGGAAAUUGAAAACAUCAACAAGUUUAUUUAUUUUGGCGUGAUUCUUGACCCUAGAUACAAGUUAGGAUAUGUAGAGUGGUGUUUUAAUGAUAUGUAUAAUGGCGAGUCGGUGCCUUUUACUAAUAUGAUUAAUGUGAUAAAAAAGGAGUUGUUUAAACUAUUCAAUUGGUACAAGGGUAUACAUGAAAAGCAACAUGGACCCUCUACUAGUCCUAAUGAGGGUGGUUCAUUUGGUGAUGGUGUUCCUAAUGUUGAAGUUCCAUCUCAUUCUGCAAGGGUUGAAGCUUUUAAAGAGCAUCUUAAACAAAAAGAUUCAAUAGAUAAAAAAAAUGAUCUUGAGAGGUAUCUAGAUGAUAAUUGUGCCGAUGAUUUUAACUUUGACAUCCCUAUGUGGUGGAAACAAAACUCUUGUAGAUACCCUAUUUUAUCAAAAAUGGUGAAGGAUGUUUUAGCUAGUCCAGUAUCCACUGUCGCUUCUGAAAGCACGUUUAGUACCGGGGGCAGAGUUUUAGACACAUAUAGAAGUUCACUAACCCCUGAAAUGGCAGAGGCUUUGAUUUGUCCACAGGACUGGUUGAAACCUACACUUAGUCAAUUCAAGGACUUGAAUAUAAAUGAAGAAUUUGAGUUGUCUGCCACUAUUGUUUCAGAAUUUGGUGGUCCCUCUACUAGUGGAUCAACAUCUGGUGAUGGAUCUGAUGCUGUUGGAAACGGAAAUGAACCAGUUGCUGGUUCAUCUCAAUCACAUACUUGAUGAUGUUUGUUUUUUAGAGUCAUUUGUGAAAAUGACCUUAUUUUGGGCUACUGAUUAUUUUGAUGAUGGUUGUGGUUUUUGUAUUUUUUUCAUUUGAUUUACUUAUAUCGAUGUUUUUUACAUGUAUUAAUAU